GGCCGCCGCUAGCGUCCCGGGGCUUCUUCCCCGCCCUCCCGCGGGCGGUGCCGUUGCUGCAUGGAGUUGCCCGCCUGAGGGAGGGAGGGCCCCUCCCGCGGCCGCCCCGCCCCCGCCCCAGGUGAUGCCGGUGACCGGAGUGACGAUGCCGCUGGCGAGGCGGCGACCGUUACUGAUGGAGGAGGAGGCGGCGAGGGGCUCCGCGCGGGCCCGGCUGUCGGGCCCCUCUAUCGGCUCGCACCUUGGGGCCGCCCUGCACUGCCCCUGAGCCUCGGGAGAGCGCCAGCGGCUGGCCCGAUCGCCCGGCUCUAUCCCAGCCGCCAUCUCCCCCUCUGUCCUCGAUGUCUUCCCCGCGGCGCGGAGGCCCCUUCGCCGCCUCCACGCCCUCUCGCUCCUCGCAGCCCUCCCGCCCCGCGGUCCGGCGGCGAGAGGUGUCCGGCCUCCCAGUCGUCAGGUCGUCGCUGCCGCCCGUCCCGCCCGGCUGAGGAGCGGCCGCUGGACCACCCGCCACGAUGAAGGUGGAAGCGGGAGACAACUCCAUGAUCAACCUCUCAGUGCAGCAGGUGCUGAGCCUGUGGGCUCACGGCACCGUCCUCCGCAACCUCACCGAGAUGUGGUACUGGGUUUUCCUCUGGGCUCUCUUCUCCUCUCUCUUUGUCCAUGGUGCUGUGGGAGUAUUAAUGUUUGUGAUGCUGCAGAGGCAUAGGCAGGGGAGGCUGAUAUCUGUCAUUGUGGUCAGCAUUGGAUUUCUUUGUUCUAUAACUGGAGCAAUGAUAACCAGUGCUGCAGUAGCUGGAAUUUACAGAGUAGCAGGAAAGAAUAUGGCUCCCUUAGAAGCUCUUGUCUUUGGUGUUGGACAGACAGUACUGACAUUAAUUAUCUCAUUUUCAAGAAUUCUUGCAACACUUUGAGACUUAUUUGAAAGGAGAAAAAAAAUCACCUAGUUUAAAGAAAUCUUGAAUUUGAAGACAAGCUUUCUCAAAGUGGAUUCAUCAGCUUAUGAACUUGUAUUCUGGCACAAGAGAGGAAGUUAUGUGGAACAUGCACUACAAAUCUAAAGGUUCAGUGAAAUGAACAGACUGUCCUCUAGUGUCUGAACUGUUGUACUUCUGCACUGCACCUUAUGUGCCUCAGUCCCAGGCAAGGUGCAAUCCAUGUGUGUGAAGUUGAGAUAAAGCACCUUGAAUAGCUGCCAGUCAGGUUAAUGCUUGGUGAUGGGAUCAUUGUUCUUCACAGUGUUGUAAUAAAAUAAAGGGAUGCUCCUGGAAAUUGCUGUAUGUGCCAAACUUGGAGUUCAAUUCUUAACUGUUGCUUGGCUAAACUUUGAAAUUGUAGAUGUAGAAGAAUGCUGUGAUCAUACCCUCAACUUAAAUUCAUGUAAAACAGCAGGAUGACUGACUUUUGUUUUAGCAGAAUCUCUUUGAAUGCUGCAUAUUCUUGUUCACCAUUCAAAACAACUGUUAGGUGUAUUUCAAAGUGUAGAUGAAUCUUGAUGGGUUUGAGAACCAGAGCUUUGGCUACCCUGAUGUAAUUAGCACUAUGUGUAGAAUGGCUCAUGGCAGUUUUCUGAAGCUCAGCACAUUAUUUCAUGGUUUUAGCUUGUCAGAAAUCUGUAGUUUAAGAAGACUGUAUGAGGGUUGCUAAGUACAAUCUGUCGUGUAUGCACAAACAAAUCUUAAAUUGAUGUUUUCCUUGAAAUUAUUGUGUCUUAAACAUACAGAUGGUUACCAGCCCUUCUGAAAACCUCAGAAAAGCUGCUUGUUGCAAAUAAGCUCCCUAUAUUUGUUUAAGCACUGACAGGACGCUUAACUCUACAUGUAUUCUUUGAAGAACACACAAAUACAACAGACUUUAGGAGAAUACACCUAUGAGGAAAAUGGAAAGGGAUAAAAAAUGAUAUACUGGUUUUCUACUGAAGAAAAACGUUGAGUUUAAUAAAAUAGUUACUAUACUCAAAGUUUGGAAGUGAGGCAGCAUUAACGUAUUCACUACCUUCUUUCUGAACACUUUGUAUCUUUGGAAAGGUUAAGAUACCUGGAACUUUCAAAUACUUAGCUUUCAGUAGAGUUUGUACUUUUCUGGUUUAAAAGGGACAGUAGUGUUGUGCAUGUGAAAUGUCUUAAAUGUGAAUGUUUUGGAGUGAAUAGAAAUUUUAAGUUUAAUAAUUAUCUAUGAAACACAAAAUUUAAAGGGCACAAAGUUCUGUGUGAGGAAUAAGGAAACUUUUGCAUCUUUCCUCAAUGGAAUGCUUUUUAGCAGUCAGGUUUUAAUGCUGACAGGAAGAGUAAAUUGCUCAAAAGUUUUGCUGUUAAGAUGUCAAAGAGACUUUCAGGUCUAUUGAAACCACUGGCACCCACUGCACAGCUAAAAGAGUAUGGGUAAAAUAUAACUUAGAAUCCAGCUGUAUUGCCUAGUGCUUCAAAGCAUUAUAAUGAGUUAACCUGUCUGCCUUUAUUUUAUUGUACUACACAAAGGUGUUUGGUUUUUUUUCCCCCUUUAAGGAUGUUAAUACUAUUUUUUUCUUUAAAAGUAUUGAAGUCUUGUUUGGAAAACGUACAAUGUUACGUGCUUUGCAGGGAACAAUGUAAAAUACAGGUUUACAAACAUUUUCAGUGUUAUAUUUUGUAUUUGAGUUGCUUUAAAAUGUGGCUGAAUACAUAUAUUCUCAUUAUUUUGAAUGUAUUCCAAACCUUCUUUAUUUUUCAUAGUUUGGGUUUUUUGUCUUGUGGGGUUUUUUAACUUUCUGCUGGUACUUUUUGGCGUAACAAUCGUUGCACUUUAGUAGGCAAUGAAAUUAUUACAUCUGCAAAAGCCAAUUUAAACUUCCCCCAUUGUCUUAAAUUAUGAGAAAACUGGUUUCAAAUAUUUAAGUCAAAUUGAAUAAUAAAAUCAUUGAAGCCUAAUGUGCCUUGUUACAUAUAUUUUUAGGGGAGAGGAUUUUUAAAAAAAGAUCAUAUCUUCAUUCUUUUUCAAUUUUUGCUAUUUCUAAUUAAUUUGGUUAUUUGAUAUAAUGUCUUAUUCAUCAGGCAUGAAAACAUUUCUGUUUGACAACCUGGAAAUGCUUGUCUGGAUCAAACCAAACUCUUUCAUGAAGCAUUGUAUUAGGUAAUUUAGAUUGUCUCAUAACUUAACCUCACACUUAAACUCCUUCCCAGUUUCCAAAUUUCCUUGAGCAUCUCAAUUAUUAUUUAUUGUACAAGGCUAUUACGCUACCGCUGAUCAAUGGCUUGCUGUCUUUCACUAAGUUAAACUAAAAUGGACUACUGCUAACUUAUUAAAUACAUAUACAGAAUUUCUAUUGAUGGACUUCAUUCUUCAUUUUAAUUGCAGUGCUAAUGAAAUUGUUGCCACUGUAAUUUUCCUCCUUUGAAAAGGAGACACCUUUGCAGACUUAGUUACCUUCCUCCAAAUAAUUUUUAUUGCAUAGAUCAUUGCAAUCAUUCUUAAAACGUUGUUAGCUACUUAGUUGCCUCUGCUUUAUAUGACAUUAUUGCCAGGCAGCAAUGAAUAGGCAGAUAGUAUAAUGCCUAAGUGGCUUAAUAGAGACCAAGUAAUGUAUUUGAUAGAAAAUUGGUUUUAACUACUUCUUGUGAGGGAUAUAUGAGGAAUAAAUAUUUUGCCUUUGAAGUAUUGUUUGAUCAUAGCAUGAACUUCCUGCAUAACUCCAGCAGUGAAAGGGAGUGUAAGUAGCCUUGUAUCUGUGAAAUGUUGAAGUUUCAUUCCAUAUCCUUAGAAACAGCAUUGUUAAACAUAAAGUGCUCUAAUCGAAGUUCAGUGUAUGCAUAUAUGUGUGUGUGUAUAUGUAUGAGUGGUGUUUUGUGGUGUGUUCUAUACCUUGCACACACUAACAACUGAAAUAACUUGUCCAAGAAAAGCAAAAUUACUUCAGAUAACCUUUUUUUUUUUUUUUUUUCCUUCAUUUUUCCCCCUUUAUUUCUUUCUCUCUUGCUUUUAGACUACAAAGACAUCUUGUAUGUGAAUGGCCCUGAUAGUUCUCUGGCUCACUUUGGACAAUACAGUGUUGUGCAGAUGUCCACACAGGAUCUUUUAGCGCUAUCUUCAAAUAGCUCUGCCUGUCUCUGCAUUGUAUUAUGAGGCACAUUUUGUACAUUGCUGUUGAUUAAUUUAUAGUACAACAAAUAAUAGAUCAAUACAUCAAUACAACUUAGUCUUUGGAGGAGGGGGGAAUACCAAAUAUACUAUUUAAUGUGAAGAAGCUUCUGAUGCUUAUUAGAAGCUGCUUUUGUCAAAGAUUUGAACAUUCCACACACUUCCCAUUUAUCAGCAUGGUCAAAAAAUAUUUUGACUCAAAACCCCCCGCUAUUUUGCAGGAAAAAAACUCUUCCAAAUAGUUGUUGUUCAUUUCAUGGAUAAUUGAGUUUAUGAAGCUAAUCUGUAUAUCACUACUAGUGAUAUAAUUUGAAGCUUGCUGUUGACAGUUUUUUAAAGAAACCAAUAAUUUAACCAGAUCUGAACAUUCAACAUGGACCAAAGAUAGCAAGAACAGUGACAAAGAAGAGUGAUUUAACAUAUAGUUGAUUCCUGUCUUUGACAGGACUAUAUUACACCGCAUAAAGGUAUUAAUUUUUGAGUUGUGGAUGUACUGCAUGUUUGUGUGACAGUUUUGCUUCAGAUAAUACUUUAAUAGGUAACGUUUAAGCUGUAAAUACUUUAUACUAUUAUAUUUCAUUUUUUUAAGAAACUUUUUUAUUUCCCUAUUUGUGUACAGUUCUCUGUGUACAUAUUACAAAAAUUACCACACUUUGAGAAACUUUUGUAGUUAACUUUCACAUUUUAAUUGCAGUAAUGACCUAAAUACAUCAAAUCAGCUGUUUGUUUAGUUCUAAGUUUUCAUUGUAUACUUUCAGGUUUUCUGAAAAGCAGCAAAGCAAUAACUGUUGGACAGUUAUUUAAAGUAAAACCUUUUUCUGCGCAAUUUCCAUUUCCAUGCUUUAGUUUGGAGGCACAGUGGAACACUUGUCCAAUUGUAAGAUUUCAAUAGCCUUUAAGUAGUUUUUCUUUAUUUUCUUUUGUUUUUGUUUGUUUGUAAUAGGAAAUGUUUCGUAGUAGCCUAUGUACAGCAUUUACAAAUCAAACACAAUUUCUCAUGCUGAAAGUUUCUGUUAAAACAUUUUCAUUAAUUUUCCAUAGCUUAUUACAUGUGCUAUGCGUCAACCUCUUAUGAAACACUCUGCUAACAAGUUUUACAUUUUGUGAACCUGAUCAAAAUGUACAAAUGUACAAACAAAAUAAAGCUAAAUUUAAUUAUUA